CCAGCCAUGCCUGCGAGGGAGCUGCUGGUUGUGGCGGUGGCACUGGUGACUCUUGUCACUGCCAGUGGGGCAGAGGUGAAUGAAGAGAAAGGCCUGAGAAGGCCGGUGUGUGGAGACAUGGUCGAGCUGCAGGCCUGCCCCCUCCUGCAUUUGCCUGUCUGUGGAACUGACGGGAACACCUAUGCCAAUGAAUGCCAGCUCUGUGUACAGCAAAUGAAAACCAGGCAAGACAUCCGGAUUUUGAAAGAUGGGGAGUGUCAAGAUAUCUGAGCUUUCUGGUAGCUUUCCUGAGCCUAGAAAUAGUUGAUUAAUUGAUACAGUGUGCUCUGUGCUGACUGCACACUCAAGUUAGCAAUGGUGAAUAAUAAAAUAACAUGCACGAUCUUA